AUGGUAGCUCCAAACUUCUUAACCAAGGGUCAACAGAUCGUUCCCAUGAAAUACAGACCAAAGCCCUUAGUGUUCGGUAUAGUGGUUCUUUCUUUGAUUAUCGAUAAACUUAACGUCACAGGGGCCAUUACCAGUUUCUAUUCGCUUUCUAAGAAGUUUGAUGUUCCAAUUGCCACUGCCUCUUGGGUCUUGUCAGUGUAUGCGUUGACCAUUGGUUCAUUUAUUAUUGUAUUUGGGAAAGUCGGAGAUAUUGUUGGUCCUCAUAAUACAUUCGUUAUUGGCUCUUUUGCCAUGUCUCUUUUUUCAUUGCUAGCAGCUACGGUUGAUGAAUCUAUUUACGCGGUUAUUGUAUUUAGAGCUUUCCAAGGGAUUGCCGGUGCCGCCUUGAUUCCCUCUGGAUUUGCAAUCACUGCCAGUUAUUUCCAAGGCAAGGCCAGAUUUAUCGCCCUUAAACUUAUGGCAGCCGCUAUCACUGGUGCUCUAGGUCUCGGGGUGAUUCUUGGUGGGGCUUUUGAUGAAGGAAGUAUUGGGUACCAAGGGCUUUUCUAUUUCACAUUUGCGGUGUCUUUUGUAGCAUCCGUGUUGUUAUAUUUCAUUAUAAUCCCAGUGGAAAAAACUGAGGGCCACAAAAAUUUGAAAUUUAAGAACUUGGAUUUCUUUGGAGUUCUGUUAAUGAUUUCCGGCUUGUUGUUGAUCAUCGUGGCGUUCACUGAAGCUGCAAACAGUUGGAAUUCUCCAAAAGUUUACGUCACCCUCCCAGUUGGAUUUGUGCUUCUUAUCUCGUUCUUCUAUUUCGAACUUAUUUAUCUCAAAAGUUACAAGAAGAAAUUCCAGAACUCUCUUCCAAGCCAACAACAAGAAUUGACUGACAAACCUGAUUGGAGACUAGACACACAACCACUUUUCCCAGCAGAAAUUUUGGAAAUUCCAAACAUUAAAUUGUUGCUCUAUGGUAUUUUUGUUGUCAAUACAUGCGCCAUUUGCUUACAAAGUUGUUUGGUUGAAUAUUUCGAAUAUAUCGAAUUAGACACCCCAAUUAUUGCCUCGGUUAAGAUUUUACCGCUUUCUGUGGGUGCCGUUUUUGGUUCAGCCCUUUUCAACCCAAAAAUUGUGAAAGCCUUGACACUUCGUGGAACUUUGGUUAUUGCAGCCCUGGUUGGUCUCGGAGCAUACAUCUGGGCGUCUAGAAUAGACUACACUGUACAUAAUAACUAUUGGAAGUUUGCUUUUGCCAGUCAAUUUCUUACUGGUUAUUCAAUUAACAUGUUCUUUGUUGUCAUCCUCUCUGGUUUAAUGCAAAAUACCCCGUUACAUUUACAAGGGGUAGUUUCCGGAGUGGUUCAAACCAUUGCCCAAGUUGGUGCCAGUAUUGGUACAGCAGUUAUCAAUAGUAUCAUUGGAAGUAUGAAAUAUGAAAAAGGUGAUGAAGCAGCUAGACAUCGUGUUGCCAAGAACUUCCAAAACUCAUUAUAUUUCAUGGUGGGGUUGGGUGGCAGCUUGGUAAUUUUAAUGCUUUUUAUUAAAGAUGACAAGUCUUUUUUGGUCGCUAAAAACGAAAACCAACCGGGAAAAGAAUCCAAUGAUGUCGAAGUUGAUUCCACUGAAGUUGAAGAGGAAUCUAAAGAAAUCGAAAAGGAAUCUGAAGAUAUUGAAGAGGUGUCUAAUAUUAGAAGUUAA